AUGCCAAUCAAUAAUGUUAAAAGAAAAGACUUAAUCGUUAGAUAUCAACACAAAUUCCCACCAAAAACUUCUUAUGAUAAUAUCUCUAGUGUGUCUGGUAUGAUAUCACAAAGUAUGCCAAUGGCUGCUAUGUUUUUAAGAAAUAAAUUCAUCGCUUGGUUUGCUUUUAUUCAAACAUUUUAUUCUGCAUUAACUAGUGGUUCAGGUUUAUUUGAAAUGUCUAUUCCAACAAAUGAAACUGCCAAGAAUGUGAAAAGUGGAUCCCUAGGUACUACUUCACAACCAAAUGGUGUUAAAUUUGUAAUGAGUUUAAUUGGUGUUUUAUUCUGUUAUUCAGAUUUGGUUAUUCCACAAAAAGUUCCAGGUUGGGUUCCAAAGGCAGAUUCAGAUAUUCAAGCGGGAACUAUUAGUACAGAACCUGUUCAAGAAUAA